AUGCGUCUCUUGAUUACCCUCUGUCUUUUGGCCGUUGCUUGCAGCGCCGAUAAGCUGGGCUACAACUAUCAGCCCGUCCAGCACUCAAAUGCGGGUUUAUCGUUCGCACCAGGAGCUGCUACCAAUAAUGCACCUUCCUACAGCUCACUUCCAUCCGACAGCGGUUCCAAUGCUAAUCCGUCCGAGCCAGGCGUUGCCGCUCCAUCGGCGGACCAGCCCGCCUAUUCUGCACCAGUUGAGCUUCAAAAGGAAUUCUUCACAUAUACCGCUGAUGAAGGCGCUUUUGAUGAGCCCGCUGCAUCACAGCAGCUAUCCAACAAUCUGCGUAAGGGUCUCAGAGUAAUUUUCAUCAAAGGACCCGAAAACCGUGGUCUAGAGAACGCCGCCCUGCAAUUGGCCAAACAGGCUUCCCAGCAGGAGACUGCCAUCUACGUUCUAAACAAACAAGCCGACAUCGGAGACCUGGCCAACAAGUUGAACAACAUCAACAACAACAACAGCAAUAAGCCCGAGGUUCAUUUUGUGAAGUAUCGCACUCCUGAAGACGCUGCCAAUGCCCAACGUGCUAUUCAGGGACAAUACGAUCAGCUUGGUGGGGCUUCCUCGUACAAGAGUGGCGGAGUGGCUCCAGUGCUCAAUUUUGCUUCGCAGCCAGCUGCACAACCCGCCCCCGCUCCAAGCUCUCCCGAAAACUCCUACCUUCCAGCUUCGGUUUUCCGUCGCGUCUAA